UGCACUCUCAGAUUCCUCACGCAGUCGGCAACGCAGCUCUGCAGCACCACGGAGAGAGACCUGCGUGCUCCCACACGUACGCACCCUCAGACUCAAACACACACACACGCUCACACACACCCACAACCGCUCACACACAUGCACACGCACCCACUCCAGGCAAGGACCCCAGACCUGGAGCCGCGCUCAGCCACGCCGGAGAGAAUCCGCCCGUUCCCUUUCCGCCACCGCCUCGCUGGCUCCUGCCCCCCUCCAUCACCUUGACGAUCUUGCCGGGGCUUUUAUUUUUGCAUCAUCCCGGUCGCUGCAUCGGAGACAGAGGGAGCCAUGCCGGGGGAGGCCGCCCACAGGACCGUCCCCUCACCUGGCCUGGCAGGGGCGGGGCAGGAGGACACUGGCAUCCCGGGGCCAGACAUGACCAGACAUGCCUCCAGCUCCUCUGCUUCUACUCCCAGUGACUGUGCCUCCACACCAUCCCCCAGCACCCCACCUCAGCUUUCCCCACAAUGCACCUCUCCGUUUGGCCCCCGGCUGGCCAUGGCCAAACCCAACACUUGCGCAAGGCCCCAGCCUGAGGGGGCCAGCAGUGACGGGGGCUCAGACGGGCGGCCGGGCAGCGUCGGGCGGCUCACUGGCAAGUUCGGGCGAGGAUCCUGCAAGCGUGGGCCUGUGAAAAUGGAGAGGAUCAAAGUGCUGACGGGGACCGAGGUGGAGAGCGACUACAAGGAGCCGGAAACCAUGGACACACGGGUGGUGAUGGGACAGGAGGCUCUGCUGAGGAACAUGGAGAGCCAGGCGGGGCCAGUGACAGGCAAAAAGACAGGGAAGGAAGCCCCCAGUCUGGAGAGCAAGACACAGGUCCCGCCAACUGUCCCUCCAGUAGAGGGUCAAGAGGGGGAGACUGAGAAGGCAAAGUUGGACACUGGUCAGGAGAGUGUAUCUGCCGUCCACGAUGAGUGCCUGACCCCUAAAAUGGAGCUGGAGAAGGACUCUGUGCAGCUCCUCACCCAUCCAGUCCUGGAACCCAAAGCGAUGUCGGACGAUGGAUUGACUGACAGUUGCAACCCCCUGGGAGGAGAAGCAGGGGAGGAGCUAUCUCAGGGUGAAGUGCCUUCCUUGUCCUUUUCAGAGCCCUCCUGUAUGGUUGACCCCCAACGAGUGGGAGUCCCCUCAGGCCUGGACCCUGACCUCUACUACACAGCCCCCUCUACCCCCAUUAAGAUGGCCUAUUGCUCGCACCUUAAGCACCAGUGGUACCCUGGCUCACCCAGCCCAGGCCCAAGCUCCCCUACUGACGAGUCCUCUGAUCUUCCUGAAAGUGAAGGACUGUGUUCUCCCCCCACCUCCCCUUCAGGAUCCUACAUCACCGCUGAGGGGGGCAGUUGGACCUCCUCCUACACCUCCAGCACCUCACCCUCCUGCUCCCCCAACCUUAUCGCUGAGGCAGAGCUGCAGGAGGCACCCGCCUGCUAUGUGGAGUCCCUCUCAGAGAUUGGGGACGAGCUUGGUGAGGACAGGAACAGCGCUGAGAAGGACCCCUGUCUUUGUAAGGCCGAUGGCCUGGGACUGCCAGAGAGUGUUGCCUUUGCGGAGGGUGGGGACGUACUGAAGAGGGAGACCUGCCGGCCCCACUGGGUGACGGAGGAAGCCUCUCCCCAGAGGAGCAGCAGCGGGAGGAGCACGUCCUCCCAGGAGGGGGGUGGAGAAUCUGAGGGUUCCCUAGAGGCAACUGAGGAGCAGGAAACCGCGGGACUGGCGGCAUACGAGGAUCCAGAACAAGACUUGGAGCUGGACCUCAAUGCCUGUGUAUCUGAACAUUUUGCCACCCUGGAUGCGCCUCUGAGCCCAGAGGAGGUCAUCUCACCAGAGCUGGUGGCCUCAUUCCCCUUUGGUCACCGUAUGGCUGCCGCUGCGGACACGGGCAGUCUGACCCCAGCGACCUGCUCCUCUGAGGUGUCGGACACGGACAACAACAGCCUAUACGGUGAGAUGGCCUCCUCCGCCCUGCUGUCUCAAGAGGGUAGUCAGGGAGGCGACAUGAUGAUACCAGCCUCAAUGCUUCCCUUCCAUGCCAGUCUCAUCUUUCAGGCUGACUCCAUGGAGAUUACUUUGUUUCCAACAGAGGACGAGACAGGCAAUGACAUAGAUGCCUAUGCAGCUGGAGAGGAGGAGGGGGAUGUGGAUGAAGAUGAGGAUGAAGAGGAGGACGUAGAGGAGGAGGAGGAGGAAGAUCAGGAAGUGGUGGAAGAGGAAGGGAAGGUUUUGGAGGACCCUAAUGAGGAAGACACUUCCGCAUCCUUCUUGAACUCCCUCUCCGAGACCUCCAUCAACGAGGGGGUGGACGAGUCCUUUGCCUUCCAGGAUGACACAGAGGAGUCCAUUGACUCCGCCUCUUACAACGGCGACGAGGAUGAGAGGCUGUACAGCACAGAAAGGCAUGCUGAACUGGCUCAGCAGUUUCCAGGGCCUGAUGACCCCGUGGAAUCCACACAGCCCCGGGGGCAGGACUCCUCCAACUCAGGCAGUGAGAGCGAGAUGGAGAUCUCCUCCGAGUCCUCCGAGGCGAACCAUGAGCUGAACGAGUUCCCAGCGGUAGGCUGUGCCAGCUCAGCAGAAGCAAUCCCUCCUACACAUCCAGCAGCCCAGAUGAAGGAAGCUGAAACAUUGGCAGCGGAGACAGAUACCCAGGAGCAGGUUGCACUGGAGAGCUUUGAAAGGCGCACCGAAGCUGCAGUCAGUGCAGUGCAGGAGCCAGAUGGUGCAUCUUUCACGCAGCCUUCUCAGGCAUGUGCAUUGCAGUCAGCUGUACAAACCAGAGCAGAGGAUAACCCUGUCACUGGGGACCUGCCCCAGGCCUCUGCAGACAGAAGCAGCGAGCUUUCCACAUGCAUAACCGGGGAAGCAGCAGCAACUGGUGGCGAGCAUGCGGAUCUGGUUGCUGAACUUGCAGAUCAGAAAAAUGGAAACAACUUAGAGUACACAGACCCCACUCUAGGCCUGGAUGAGACAGCCACCAAUGACCUGAAUAAAGGGGUGCCACUGCUGUCACACCCCAAAGAGGACUGCUGCAGCUCCAGCAACAUACCUGUCUCCACAAGUCCUGAGACUACUUCUGAAGUGCCGGACAACCUGGCUGUCACCACUGCAGAUGCCCCAACCUCAGGGUCCUCCCUGAACCUUGACAACCUGGCUGAGAACCAACCCUGUGCAGAUGAUGUCAACCUAGGCCCUCUCGAUGCGUCCUGUUCCGCCUAUAGCAUGUUAGCCAUAUCACCAAAGAAAGAGAACUCUGAAACCAGCGUCUCAGGGAUCGAGCCUUCCUCUGGAGGGUGGGAAUCGGGAGUGCCUCUGUCCUUGGGGGAGUGUUGCGACUAUGAGGCUGAGAGCUUGCUGCUGUGUGAGAUGGCCAGACCGUUGAGUGAAGGGCCAGCUGAUGCCCAGCCCAGCAUCGACUCAGGAGAUGGCGCCGUCACAGAUCAGGAGGAAAAUGUGCUCUGUGGUGACUCACAUGAGGAGACGGCAGAAGCAGAGGGGGGCAUGCCAGAGUCCAAUCUCUCCAACUGGAAAUCCAUAGAGGAGAUUUCAGAGGCAGGCGGAGGGGAGGAUGGGAGCUCUCACUUCCCCGAGGAUGACGAAAGCAACCUUCAAGAUCAGGAGGGUGAUCCACUCAAACAGCAUGGCCUCUCCAUUGAGCCUGAAGAGGUAGGAGAGCUGAAUGACGCAGAAAGUGGCAGCUCACUGUUCGAAUCCACGGGGCCACCGAAAUGUCUCCAGUUCAACAUCCUUUCAGAGGAUGAGAAUGAGGAUUCCAAAAAUCGGACUCCGGUUUUGGAGCAGGAUCAUGCAAACAUCCUUGAAGAGUCUGUGUUGAACAUAUCUGUAGUGGAGGAGAUACCGCCGUGUGAUGUAGCUGAUGUAACCUCUGAGGUAUCACAUGAUGGAGGUGGCUCUGAAGAGCCUGACAAAUCUCAGCCUGCAUUGCCAGUUGGUCUUGAAGAAAACAGCGAAAUAUCAGGUGCCGAAACCCAAAAAGAUAAUUCUGACAAAUCAGACAGCCCAGCUUUUGUCACGGAGCAAAAUCCAGUGACUGCAGAGGAAGAUGUAGCUUCCAAAAAAUCUGUCAAUGAUAAAAAUGAUAAUGAAGCAGAACAUAAGGUGAAAGCUGACGCUGCGUUGUCUUUACUGGGAGGUUCUUUUGGCACCUUCAGCCCCAGAAAAAAUGCUAACGUCUCCAAGCAAGAAAGACCUCUGGUUGGUUGUCCUCCUUUAGCACAGAAGGACUCUGUGGUAACAUGUAAGACCGAAGAAGCUCCACCAGAGAAUGUGGAGCUAACAAGUGAAAAAACAGAGACUAAUAUAAACACAGAGGAACACAGAGAGGAUGAAGGAAGUCUGGUGUUUGAUAGACGUAUCGAUGAACCAAAGACUAUAGAUGCCUUUAAGGAACAAGAGUGUGAAGAGAGUAAGAGUAAUUCUGAUAUCUCAGGGGAAUGUAAAACAGAUGAAAAAGAGCUAAGAAUUCCUCCAAUGGAGACAAUUACGGAAAGUUUGACUUUGCCAGAGAAAGGUCAUGAGCAAGAAGAUGUAAUCAAUGUGGAGGAACCAAUCCUGCCUCAGACAGAGGGGGAAGAAAAAGCAAGGGACAACAGCACACCAACCCUUCAGAGUGGACAGGAACUCUCAAGUGAAUCUGAUGAUGCAGCAGAGGGUGCUGUUGACAAUGAACCAAAGGAGCCUGUUCUGUUAGUGAAAAGUGACAGUCCAGUCACUGCACAUGAAAAUCAAAGAAAACCAGAUGUUUUAGCCUCAGAAGGGUCAGAGGAAGAGGAUGCAUCCAGUCAGAGCAACUGCAAUGUAGCAACAUUUGAAAAGAGCCACAUCCCUGUAGCUGAGAUGCCUUUGGCCUCCAUAGAUCAGCAGGUAAUGGCAGCUCAGCAGCAAGUCGAUAUGGACGUGAGUCCUGUGGUAUCAGAGCAAAGUGGAAACAAUGAAAAUCGAGAUAAAUCUGUUGUCCACAGCUCAAGUACUUCUGUUGCGUCGGAACAAAGCGGAAACGUGCAAAACCAAGAUAAGCCUGUUGUCCACAGCUCAAGUACUUCUGUUGCGUCGGAGCAAAGCGGAAAGGUACAAAACCAAGAUAAACCUGUUGUCCACAGCUCAAGUACUUCUGUUGCGUCGGAACAAAGCGGAAACGUGCAAAACCAAGAUAAAUCUGUUGUCCACAGCUCAAGUACUUCUGUUGCGUCGGAGCAAAGCGGAAAGGUGCAAAACCAAGAUAAACCUGUUGUCCACAGCUCAAGUACUUCUGUUGCGUCGGAACAAAGCGGAAACGUGCAAAACCAAGAUAAACCUGUUGUCCACAGCUCAAGUACUUCUGUUGCAUCAGAGCAAAGCAGAAAGAUGCAAAACCAAGUUAAACCUGUUGUCCACAGCUCAAGUACUUCUGUUGCAUCGGAGCAAAGCGGAAAGGUGCAAAACCAAGAUAAAUCUGUUGUCCACAGCUCAAGUACUUCUGUUGCGUCGGAACAAAGCGGAAACGUGCAAAACCAAGAUAAAUCUGUUGUCCACAGCUCAAGUACUUCUGUUGUAUCGGAGCAAAGCGGAAACAUGCAAAACCAAGACAAACCUGUUGUCCAAAUUUUAAGUUCCUCUGUUGUUCAUGAGAGUGAGCAACCUGCAUUACCAGCGGAAGAGGUGCUUGACAACAGCGUCUUACAGAGAGACCAUCCUGCAGGAAGCACAAGAGACAUCAAUGCCAACCAUGUAGAGAGCAGCCCAAUGUCCCCCACAGAGCAGAGUGGAUCCUCUACUCUGGGUGACUCAUGUCAACCCACUGAGGAGCUAUCCAUUCCCGUCCAAGAGUCCCACUCAGACUUCAUUGCCCCGGAGCCAUCCGAACCUCCCAAAUCACAACCCCACUCCAUACCCGAGUUUUGCUCUACUGAGAUCUCCACACCCCUCGAUCAGCCCAGCCUUUCACAGCCCCUCCAGGAGACUGUAUCAGCACCCAGGCAGCCAACCUCAGUGCCUAUCCCUGAAACCCAGCACCAGGUGAACAGGCAGUCUCCACCAUCGCCAAAGCAGCACUCACAGGAAAAACCGAGAGAUGGUCCAGAAGUAGAGGCUGAAGACUACUGCACAGAGACCCCACGUGGCUCCUCAACCAGGCCCGGCAGUGCCCCAGGACAUAAGGGCGGCCGCCAAAGAGGGUCCUCACACACUGAGUCCAGCUCAUCCAGUGAGAGAGAGCUUCCGUCCUCCCCCCAGGCUGCCAGCCCCACCCUCCGCACCUCCAUGUGUGUGGAGACACACCCACUCGAGAGGCAGCAGGAGCCCCUGACGCGAUGUCCCAUCACCUACAGCCACAAAGGUACCACCGAGGUCGACCUUUCCUUCAAAAACAAGGUUGGUUCCUGUAAUGAGUCGGACAGUGACGGCUCAGUGCCAGAGCUGGAAGAGCCGGAGAGUCCCCUGCUAAGGGCCACGGACACACAGUCUCAGCUCUCUCACUCAGCGCCCCCUGGUGACGAGUCAUUGAACAAAGCCAAGCAGAGCCGCAGUGAAAAGAAAGCACGGAAGGCGAUGUCCAAGCUGGGGCUGAGACAGAUCCAGGGAGUGACCCGCAUCACCAUCCGCAAGUCCAAAAACAUCCUCUUCGUCAUCACCCGCCCCGACGUCUUCAAGAGCCCCGCCUCCGACAUCUACAUUGUUUUUGGGGAGGCCAAGAUUGAAGACCUGUCCCAGCAGGUGCACAAGGCCGCAGCGGAGAAGUUCAAAGUUCCCCUGGAGCCCUCGCCCCUCGUCCCAGAGAGCACCCCCAGCCUGAGCAUCAAGGAGGAGAGUGAGGAGGAGGAGGAGGUGGAUGAGGCGGGCCUGGAGCUCAGGGACAUUGAGCUGGUCAUGGCCCAGGCCAACGUGUCCAGAGGGAAGGCCGUCCGUGCGCUGCGGCACAACAAGAACGACAUCGUCAACGCUAUCAUGGAGCUGACCAUGUGAGAGGAGAGGUCAUCUUGCCUGUCCCCCGCACACUUGCCCUUACCACCCAUACACACUAUACUCCACUGUAUUGCUGCUAUGUUGCAUCCCCUUGUAC